CCGGUCACUCACUCGUUGCAAUUCCCGCUACCUACAACUACGUAACCCAAGUUACCCUCCGAGUCUUCCUCUUUCCCUCUUUUGUAUGAAAUUUCAGGUUUCCUAAUUAAGCAAGAAAAAAAGGGGACUCUCUCUGACUAAGCUCUUCAAGUUUUCAAGAUCCUUGCACUAACGGUUGGAACUCCGACAGCACUGCGCCUCAAGUGUUCUUACUAGAGCUUGAAUUUAUAGUACUUAUUUCCCCCGGCUUCAGGGUUUAAAGUGCUCAGACACUAUCUACUUAAUUUUUUUUUCAAGUGGAGUCAUGGUAUUCUCCACACGUUCUUCUUUCUCAUGGGUAUAGCUCUUCUGUCUUAUUGAGUGAGUUGAGAAUAUUUACUUCGGUGAGGUCUGGCUGGCUACUUAAACUCUGGCCACCAAAGGGUGGUGGCUUCAAUGGCAUCUUCUCGUCUGACAGGAGGAUUAGCUCAGUCUCCAUCGAGUUCUGGGAUUUUCUUCCAAGGAGAAGGGCAGUCCCCGGCUAUUGUUAAUUCUCAUUUGAGCCAAUCAUUUGCAAAUUCAUCAAAUUCAAUUCCAGGAACUGGAUGUUCUGAUUUUGGUCCUGUUUCCGGAGAUAUGAACAAUGCAGUUUUAGAAAGUGUGGCUAAUUCAGGACCCAGUGUGGGUGCAAGUUCAUUAGUUACAGAUGCAAACUCCGCUCUUUCAGGGGGGCCACAUUUGCAAAGGAGUGCAAGCAUCAAUACAGAGUCGUACAUGCGCUUGCCUGCAUCGCCUAUGUCAUUCAAUUCAAAUAACAUUAGUGUGUCAGGGUCCUCAGUUAUAGAUGGAUCCUGCGUUGUGCAGCAAAAUUCUCAACAGGACCAAAAUAUCCAACACGUGCCGCAACAGGCACAGCAGGGUGCUUCACAUGCCACAUCCUUACCAACACCACAAAUAGGCCAAACAUCACUUCCGAUGGGCACCAAACAUCAGGGAUCUUUCAUUCCAGAUCCAAAUAGUUAUUCCCAGGUGCAGAAGAAACCACGACUGGAUUUAAAGCCGGAAGAUGUGCUGCAACAGCAAGUUUUGCAGCAGCUAUUUCAGAGACAGGAUUCCAUGCAGUCACAAAACCGUAACUCACAGUUACAAGCUUUAUUUCAGCAGCAAAGAAUGCGGCAGCAGCAGCAGAUUUUGCAGUCUCUACCUCAGUACAGGGCUCAGUUUCAGCAACAGCAGCAGAUACAGUUGAGGCAGCAAAUGCAACAGCAGGCAAUGCAACCUGUAUCGCCCAUAAAGCGGCCCCCAUAUGAUGCUGGUGGUGUUUGUGCUCGCCGGCUGAUGCAAUAUUUAUACCAUCAGCGGCAAAGACCUCCCGAGAAUAGUAUAGCCUACUGGAGAAAGUUUGUAGCAGAGUAUUACUCUCCUCGUGCAAAGAAAAGAUGGUGCUUGUCAUUGUAUGAGAAUGUUGGCCACCAUGCUCUUGGUGUGUUUCCCCAGGCAGCUAUGGAUGCGUGGCAGUGUGACAUCUGCGGUUCUAAAUCAGGAAGGGGAUUUGAUCUAACUUUUUGCUGUCAUGCUAAUGAGUUGAAUUUUGAAGAGGCUACAUUUGAAGUACUCCCGAGACUCAGCGAGAUCAAAUUUGGAAGUGGAGUUAUUGAUGAGCUUUUAUUUCUGGACCUUCCUCAAGAAAGGAGAUUUGCUUCUGGAAUUAUGAUGUUAGAAUAUGGAAAAGCAAUUCAAGAGAGUGUAUAUGAGCAACUUCGAGUCAUUCGUGAGGGUCAGCUUCGUAUCAUAUUCACACAAGACUUGAAGAUUUUGUGUUGGGAAUUUUGCGCUCGGCGUCAUGAAGAACUUCUUCCACGGAGGCUGGUUGCACCUCAGGUGAAUCAGCUGGUACAGGUUGCCCAGAAAUGCCAAAGCACAAUAGCUGAAAGUGGGCCUGAUGGUGUUUCUCAGAAAGAUUUGCAGACAAAUAGCAAUAUGGUACUGACAGCUGGUCGUCAGCUUGCUAAGAGUCUGGAGUUGCAGUUGCUGAAUGACUUGGGUUUCUCGAAAAGAUACGUGCGGUGUCUGCAGAUAUCGGAGGUUGUCAACAGUAUGAAAGAUCUGAUUGGUUUCUGCCGGGAUCAAAAAGUUGGGCCUAUUGAGGGCUUGAAGAACUAUCCUAGACAUGCCACUGCAGCCAAGCUCCAAAUGCAAAAAAUGCAGGAGAUGGAACAGUUAGCGAGUAUUCAAGGUCUUCCCACAGACCGCAACACAAUUAAUAAGCUGAUGACAUUGCAUCCUGAACUUGAUAACCAUGGGAUGAAUAACCAUCAGAUGAUUGGUCGGGGAGGUUUCAGUGGUUCAGCACAAGCUGCUUUGGCAAUGACUACAUACCAGAAUAUCCUCAUGAGACAGAACUCUAUGAACUCGAACCCCAGCCCACAUCAACAGGAGGCCUCCUCCUCUUUCAAUAACUCCAACUAUAAUCCAUCCCCUACUCUUCAGGGGACUACAUCCCUGAUGCCUGGCCCCGUGCAGACCUCCUCUGUUGGUGGUUUUCCAGGCACCCAGCCACCCUUGCAAAAGCAAUUGCAGCCACCGCUGCAACAGCAUCCGCCAAAUGCUGGAACCUUGGUCCAACAAAAUCAUCCUCAGAUGAUGCAAGGUAGCCAGGCGAUACAACAACAGAUGAUCCAGCAACUUUUGCAGAUGUCAAAUAACAGUAAGAGUGGGAGUUUACAACAGCAACCCCUUACUGGACCAAAUGCAAAUAGAAGUAUACCUAGAAGGGGUAUGUCUUAUGUAGGUAACACCUCAGUUCCAGCUGGGGCAUCUGGAAAUCUAUCUGGUAGCAACGUUCCUGCUCCAAGUAGGAGCAAUAGCUUCAAAGCUGCUUCAAAUAGCGAAUCCUCUGCUGGUAACAGUGGAUUUGAUCAAAAGGCUUCUGAUCUGCCGCAACAAUUACAUUUUCCCGAGAGUUUGGUUGAAGAUAUAGGCCAAGAUUUUCCUGAAAGCGGCUUUAUUAACAAUGAGCUUGAUGAGGAUUUGGGUUAUGUGUGGAAGGCUUGACUAACAUAGUAUGGCUACAAUAUCGGCUACCUUGCCCGAAUUGUGGUGGAGAAAUGUGUACAGGAUGAUAAAUCUGAUGUAGUUGGAUCCUUCCCCCCCCCCCCCCCCCCCCCCCCCCCCCCCCCCCCCGUUUUUCCCCUCGCAAUCUGGCUUUGUUGCGCAUCAUACCAUUAAACCUUUGAUUUGAACGCCUUUGAGGAAUGCUCCCCGACCUGUGGAGAUGCUCCCUGUUUAACAUCUCAUCGAUUUAGCACUUUCUUUGGGUUUUCCGUUCCAUGGUCCCAAGUUUAAUCACAGUUGACGUGGGAAAUCUAGAAACCUUGGUUUCUUGUUUAGGGUUUAGGGUCUAGUGACUACUUAUUUUAAUUUUAUCUUAUAUCCCCAAGUUCAACGUGAGUGAUGCCUUUUUCAAUUGAAAAUCCUCGAGGAAACUGCAUGGGAUUUCCCCCCUCCUUUUCUGGUUAUUAUUGUCAAGAACUUGAUCUUUUGAAGAAAUAAAAUAUAUAGGUACUAGUUCGUAACUGAAA